CGGCAGAUAAAAGGCGGCGGCGGCCGCGAGUGCUCUCGGUGCGCGCUGGGGACGCAGUUGUUACUGACCUGCCCGCGGUCUGCACGCCCGGGAGCGAAGCUGGGGGGGACGCUGGGCUCCUGCAGCUCCGAGGACCUUCCCCCCUGAGACUCCCCACAAGGGGCAAAUCUUCGCGGCGGGGUGGCCGAAGCCCCCUAUUCCCUGCGGCACCGGUGUUUCAGCCUAGCUUAGCUCGGCCAGCGAGGCUAUGGACUCGGAGGAUGACCCCCUGCUGCAGGAUGUGUGGCUAGAAGAGGAACAGCAGGAAGAGGAGACCUUGGGCGAGGCCUGCAGAGGUGUCUCUGGGCCAGGGCUGCCCUCCGGAGCACAGGGCUACUGGCGACGCUGGACGCUGCCCUCCCGGCCCCCAGCCUCAGGGUUCUGGAGCACCCUGGGCUGGGCCUUCACCAACCCAUGCUGCGCAGGUCUGGUGCUGUUCCUCGGCUGCAGCAUCCCCAUGGUGCUGUCCGCCUUCAUGUUUCUCUACUACCCGCCUUUGGACAUCGACAUCUCCUACAAUGCCUUCGAAAUCCGCAACCAUGAGGCGUCACAGCGCUUUGACGCUCUGGCCUUGGCCCUCAAGUCCCAGUUUGGAUCUUGGGGGCGCAACAGGCGGGACUUGGCGGACUUCACCUCCGAAACGCUGCAGCGCCUCAUCUCAGAGCAGCUGCAGCAGCUGCACCUGGGGAAUCAUUCGCGACAGGCAUCCCGGACCCCUCGCUCAGCUCCGAGGGUCACCCCUGCCACUCAGACAUCAGCAGCCAUUCCGAGUGAGCGACCUCGACGCCAGGCCCCGCCCCCGACGGACCAGGUAGCCAAUCAGAGCCGAGCCCGUCGGGGCGCCUCGCGUUGGGAUUACUCGCGCACCUAUGUGAGCGCCAACACCCAGACGCACGCGCACUGGCGCAUCGAGCUCAUCUUCCUGGCGCGGGGAGACGCGGAGCGCAACAUUUUCACAAGCGAGCGCUUGGUCACGAUCCACGAGAUCGAGAGAAAGAUUAUGGACCACCCGGGCUUCCGGGAGUUCUGCUGGAAGCCGCAUGAGGUGCUCAAGGACCUGCCUCUCGGCUCCUAUUCCUACUGCUCCCCGCCCAGCUCUCUCAUGACUUACUUCUUUCCCACCGAGAGGGGCGGCAAGAUCUACUAUGAUGGCAUGGGCCAGGACCUGGCGGAUAUCCGGGGCUCCCUCGAGCUGGCCAUGACUCACCCUGAGUUUUACUGGUAUGUCGACGAAGGCCUCUCGGUGGAUAAUCUGAAGAGCUCCCUCCUGCGCAGCGAGAUCCUGUUUGGAGCGCCGCUCCCCAACUACUACUCAGUGGACGAUCGCUGGGAGGAGCAGAGGGCCAAGUUUCAGAGCUUUGUGGUCACCUACGUGGCCAUGCUAGCCAAGCAGUCUACUAGCAAAGUCCAGGUCCUCUAUGGGGGGACGGACCUCUUCGACUAUGAGGUGCGCAGGACUUUCAAUAAUGACAUGCUUCUCGCCUUCAUCAGCAGCAGCUGCAUCGCUGCCCUUGUCUACAUCCUCACUUCCUGCUCAGUGUUCCUGUCCUUCUUCGGGAUUGCCAGCAUCGGCCUCAGCUGCCUGGUGGCACUCUUCCUCUACCAUGUGGUUUUUGGCAUCCAGUACUUGGGCAUCCUCAAUGGAGUGGCUGCCUUUGUGAUUGUGGGCAUUGGUGUGGAUGAUGUCUUUGUGUUCAUCAACACCUACCGCCAGGCCACCCACCUGGAAGACCCCCAACUGAGGAUGAUCCACACCAUCCAGACGGCAGGCAAGGCCACCUUCUUCACCUCACUGACCACUGCCGCUGCCUAUGCAGCCAACGUCUUCUCCCAGAUCCCAGCUGUGCAUGACUUCGGCUUGUUCAUGUCUCUCAUUGUGACCUGCUGCUGGCUGGCUGUGCUCUUCACCAUGCCUGCAGCCCUGGGCCUCUGGAGCCUCUACAUGGCACCUCUGGAAAGUUCCUGCCAGAGCAGCUGCCACCAGAAGUGCGGCCGCAAGAGCUCCUUGCAUUUCCCUGGGGACCUGUUUGCAGCUCCAGAGCGGGCUGGGGGUGGCCCUGCCCAGGGCCCCCUACCCUACCUGGAUGAUGACAUCCCCUUGCUGAAUGUCGAGGAUGAGCCAGUGUCUCUGGAGCUGGGAGACGUGUCGCUGGUGUCUGUGCCCUGUGAGGGUCUGCAGCCCGCCCCCGACGGGAACAGCAGGGGCCAGCUCCUCGCCCAGCUGCAAGAGCUGUUGUACCACUGGGUCUUGUGGGCAGCUGUCAAGAGCCGCUGGGUGAUUGUAGGACUCUUCGUCUCCAUCCUCAUCCUGUCCCUGGUGUUCGCCAGCCGGCUCCGCCCCGCCAGCCGGGCCCCACUGCUCUUCCGGCCUGACACCAACAUCCAGGUGCUGUUGGACCUCAAGUACAACCUGAGUGCUGAGGGCAUAUCCUGCAUCACCUGCUCAGGUCUUUUCCAGGAGAAGCCCCACAGCCUGCAGAACAAUGUCAGGACAUCCCUGGAGAAGAAGAAGCGAGGUUCUGGAGCUUCCUGGGCCAGCCGGCCUGAGGCCACUGCGCAGGAGUCCAUGAGCACCGUGUACAUCUCCAAAGUGAAGAGCAAAGGCCGUCCGGCUGUCUACAGGCUAUCCCUCAACGCCAGCCUGCCAGCCCCCUGGCAAGCCGUGUCCCCUGGAGAUGGAGAGGUGCCAUCCUUCCAGGUGUAUAGAGCGCCUUUUGGUGACUUCACCAAGAAGCUGACCGCUUGUAUGUCUACAGUAGGGCUGCUCCAGGCGGCGAGCCCCUCCCGCAAGUGGAUGGUGACGGCCUUGGCCUGCGAUGCCAAGCGGGGCUGGAAGUUUGACUUCAGCUUUUACGUGGCCCCCAAGGAGCAGCAGCACACCCGGAAGCUGUACUUUGCUCAGUCUCACAAGCCCCCCUUCCACGGGCGCCUGUGUGUGGCUCCGCCUGGGUGCUUGCUCAGCUCCAGCCCUGAUGGGCCCACCAAAGGCUUCUUCUAUGUGCCUAGUGAGAAAGUUCCCAAGGCCCACAUCUCUGCCACCUUUGGCUUCAACCCUUGUGUGAACACAGGCUGUGGGAAGCCAGCAGUGCGGCCACUGGUGGAUACCGGGGCCAUGGUCUUCGUGGUCUUCGGUAUCAUUGGCAUCAACCGCACACAGCAGAUGGACAACCACGUUAUCGGGGACCCGGGCAGCGUCGUCUAUGACAGCAGCUUUGACCUCUUCAAAGAAAUCGGACACCUGUGUCGCCUCUGCAAGGCCAUCGCGGGCAACUCGGAGCUGGUGAAGCCAGGCGGGGCCCAGUGCUUGCCCUCAGGGUACAGCAUCUCCUCCUUCCUGCAGAUGUUGCACCCAGAGUGCAAGGAGCUGCCUGAGCCCAACCUGUUGCCAGGGCAGCUGUCCCACGGGGCGGUGGGUGUCAAGGAGGGCCGUGUGCAGUGGAUCUCCAUGGCCUUCGAGUCGACCACGUACAAGGGCAAGUCCUCCUUCCAGACCUACUCGGACUACCUGCGAUGGGAGAGCUUCCUCCGGCAGCAGCUGCAGACCUUCCCCGAGGGCUCAGCCCUGCGCCGAGGCUUCCAGACCUGUGAGCACUGGAAGCAGAUCUUCAUGGAGAUCAUAGGGGUACAGAGCGCCCUGUACGGCCUGGUCCUCUCGCUGCUCAUCUGUGUGGCCGCGGUGGCUGUGUUCACCACCCACGUCCUCCUCCUGCUGCCCGUGCUUCUUAGUAUCCUGGGCAUCGUCUGCCUCGUGGUGACCAUCAUGUACUGGAGUGGCUGGGAGAUGGGUGCCGUGGAGGCCAUCUCCCUUUCCAUCCUGGUUGGCUCCUCUGUGGAUUACUGUGUCCACCUAGUAGAAGGCUACCUGCUAGCUGGGGAGAACCUACCCCCCCACCAGGCCGAGGAUGCCAGCUCUCAGCGCCAGUGGAGAACGCUGGAGGCUGUUCGGCACGUCGGCGUGGCUAUCGUGUCCAGCGCCCUCACCACUGUCAUCGCCACGGUCCCGCUCUUUUUCUGCAUUAUCGCCCCAUUUGCCAAGUUCGGGAAGAUUGUGGCACUCAACACAGGCGUGUCCAUCCUCUACACACUCACCGUCAGCACCGCCCUGCUGGGUAUCAUGGCCCCCGGCUCCUUCACCCGGACCAGGACUUCCUUCCUCAAGGCCCUGGGUGCUGUGCUGCUGGCCGGAGCCUUAGGGCUGGGUGCCUGUCUCGUGCUCCUGCGCAGUGGCUACAAGAUCCCCCUGCCCAGCGGGGCUAUGCUAUAGCCCUGUGUUCGCAUCCUGACUCAUGCAUCUCACCCCGCAGCCGAGGAUGAGGGGAUCGGAGACUCAGAGGCUCUUUGUUUUCUGGCCCAGUCCCAACUAGUUCCGCUCACAGGCUUCGUGGAACUGGGACUCAGAGCUGUGUGGGUCCACCACCUUCAUCACAGCUCAGACUGGGUGUGAAGUCAGACAACCCCAUACUGUCUGGGCUAUAGCCCCCACACUGAGGUCUGCCUGGCAGUGGAGGAUACUGGCCCUCCUUCCAUACCGAGUCACCACUGAGCAGGUGGCUUCCUACCAGGGCCUCCUCUCACACUGCUUCGGUGUCAUGACCUGCUUGGGUGCGCAUUUCAGGACUCCCACUCUACAGAUGUGGAAACUGAGGCACCAGGAGGCGGGGACUGCCCUGUGGCUGGAUCAGGGCAGAGCCAGAGUUGCCUAGGAGCACAGGCCUCCCUGGGCCUUUGCAGGAAGAGCACAGUGGAUCCAGGGGGUGCACAACCCCUGAACCACACCCCUCAGCUUUAUGCAGCCAGUGCUUGAUGGCCUUGUGAUCCUCGUGGCCCGGUCUGUAUCCAGGCCAGCACAGACAGAGGCACUUCCUGGGGUCAUGCAUGUCCUAGCCCCAGCCCCAGCCUCCAGGGAGCCUAAAAAUCCCUCCCUGGAGUUCUGGCUCAGCCACCCCCACGGAUCCCAAGCCUCCUCUCCAUCACCUGACUGAGAAUGGAUGACUCGUGUGUGGUGAGGUGCUGCACGCACGCACGAACACACGCACGCACGCACGGGGAGGAGCUGGCUGCGCCAGCCGCCUGCUCACAGCAGAUGGUCCCUAUUAAAGUGAGCCGAAACUGCAGACCGCUGCUAUUAACACAAGCAUUUUCAGCCUCGCUGCCUCCAUCAUGUUCUUAAAAUUGAAAUAACUAAGUGUUCACACGCAGCCUGGCACAGAGGGUGGUACCGGACCUGGACAGGCACGGAGGUGGAUGGGGGUGUCCAGUACAGAGAUGGGGCACUCUGGGCUCAGUGGGAGGCUGGGGCCUCCCAGUGGGAGGUGGGGCUCAGGAGAUGCCUCUGACUUUAUGGGGCCCAUCCAGUCCACAGUUGGGCAUCUCUGAAAGCCUGGCAUUUUGUGACAGCUACUGACCUUCCUGGGAAUAGACAUGUGGCCCUUGGGUUCUCUAAAGCUGGACACAGCUUGAGCUGGGACAGAUCCCAGAUGGGGAGAAAGGAGUCCAGGGUGGUCUACAUACCAGCUCACCUGGUCACUAGUAGAUAUUGAAGGGAGAGCUGGGGUGCAAGGCAGAUACCACUGUGUCCUUGUCUAGUGUACAUCUGGCAUGGCUUGGUGCCCAGUGUUUGUUGAGGGAGUAUCAAACCUUUGGACCCACCGUCCACAGUGGAGGAAUGAAAUGAUCACUGGUAUAGGCUGGCAUGUAACACAGCAGAUGCUCUUCUUGGAGUUGGUGUUUGUUUCCUGAGGGGCCAUGAUGGCACCACAGAUGUCUGCAGCAGAAGAGGGUCCUCGGCUGUGAUAGUCAGGCUGUUCCCUCUGGGAAUCCAAAGAGGGAAUCUGGUCCAGCACCCUCCCCUUGGCUGCUGGGUAUCUGCUGGCCUCCAUGUGCCUAUCAUUUUAUGUCCUUGUCCCUCUCUAAGAGGGACAUCUGUCGUGCUGGAUUUGGCCUCAUCCUAAUGACUCCAUCUUACCCUUGUUGGCUUCGGAGACCCCACCCCUAAUAAACUGUCUGUGAGGACUAGACAUUAGGACCAUAGCAUACAUGGGAGCAGGGCAGUCACACACAAGAGUCUGGUCUUUUUCUUUUCUUUUUUUUUUUUUCAGGGAAGGGGGAUGGGGGAGUUCAAGACAGGGUUUCUCUGUGUAGCCUGGCUGUCCUGGAAUUCGCUCUUUAGGGCCACCUUCCUCUGCCUCAAGAGUACUUGGAACUAAAGGCAUGCACUACCAUGCCCAGCAGGAGUCAGAUCUUUUUCUAAUCAUCAGGUGUAGGUGAUGCAUUCAAGGGAGCCAAUGCAUGAGAGAUGGGUUUUUUCUGGAUCACGAGCCAGAUGUGGAGCCUAAGUGUGUCCCCAAAGUGCAUCAUCAACCAUCAAGGCACAUAACCUCUCACAAAGGCAGACUAUAUUCCUAGGGGGUUGGAGGCUGCAGUCAGAUCAAGGGGCCUGUUCUUGAACUCCUGAAGCAAGUUCUUGGAUCUGCUUAUCACACUCUCCUCUUGGUAAAGCUGGAACCCUGGGAGGCCUGUCACUGGGAGGAAGGUCUCAGGGAACAGGCUGGCUCUGACUGGGGGCUUCUGGAGCCCGCUGUGUGGCGCCCACAUAUACAGGGUCCUUCUAUCUGACCACAACGUGGAGUGUGGUGCUAAUGGUAUGUCAAGAGAGUUGGAGAGGGCUUGGAAAACUGACAGCGUGUCCCAGAAGGACUGAUGUCUCCAAGACCUUGUCCUGGUGACUUCCCAAUAACCCAGUUUAAUGUAGAGCUGGGUCAUUUACAUGCUGUCCACAUGGCACUCGCUCACUUGAGGAGAGCCCUGCCUGGUCCAUUACUUUAAUGGAAUAGCUCAUUCUUCCCUGAACCUCAGCCUUUUCAGAGAGCUGUGGGGAUGCUGCAUAGGUGGGCUGAGGAUGGAGAAAACUGUGGCUCAGGCUCCCUAGCCUCUGGGCAACUCUGUGACCCUUGGGACUCCUGUAAGUCAGCCUCUGAUUUACAGAUGAGCAGUCUGGUUAUCAGGGAGGGUAAGUGCCUGUGGCACCACUGGCUUCUGACCAGGCUUGCUGUCUCCUCCAAGGAUGGCAAUCUCCACAUCCAAUUGUAGCGUCUCAGCCAUACUUGCCUGCCUUCCUCCCUGGAGCCCCUGUAUAGUGACUGAUAGACCCACUUCCCACCUGGCUCUCCCCGGGGAGGGGUAGACAUGGGAGAAGGAGGUGGUGACAGUUUGGGUGCUCUAGGGAGCUUGGGCCACGCAGCUGUCUGCCUCUUUGAUCCCCUUCAUCUUUGUGACUGCUGGCACCACCAGGUCCCAGAGGCACCAGCUCCCAUGAACACAGGCUUGACCUUCCUCUGACGCCAAUGUGGGCUGCAACCUUAAUGAGCUUCGCUGAGCUUAAUGAGAUCUUUGUUCACUUGAGCUCAGCAACCAGCCCGGGGGGGCCCCAGGGUGUGCAGGCAUCGGUGUGCCAAGGUGACAGUCCUCUGUGUGGAGGAGGGGCCAAGGGCACGAGGGGGUCUGAGGGGGGUGGGAAAUCCCUACACCCACCAAAGGCCCCUUGACCCACCUCUCCAUCAAGAGCAGUUGCCAACGACAGCUGCUUUUAAGGGGUGCCUACUCUACUUUUAAAGAUUGUUCCCUGUCCCUUGAGAAUCCUCAGUGUGCCUCACAAAAGUGCCUUUGUCUUGUCCCAUUAAGGAAGCUGCAGACAGAGAUGUGUCCCUGUCCUCUUCCCUAGUUGACCACAAGCUUUGAGAAUGGAUAGGACUGUGCCCACCUCCCCCGUCUGCCAGAGGAUGCUGUGUUUCCUCCCGGGGUGGAGGCAGGUACAACGACAGUCUUUCCCAACAGAAGCCCGCUCUCUAUCUGCCUGGAAGAUUUAAAAGUUUGGUGAUGAGGCUGUGGGAAGGCAGGUUCUCGGGGAUCUCCUGUUGGAGUGCAUAAUCUGCUCAGCCAUGCAGGACUGUUUGUCAGUAGCAGAAUUAUAGCCAUGCCACCCUUGGAUUCAUCACCCCUGCCCCUGCGAAUUGAUCUUGCAGGUAAACUUAACCCUUGACGAGUGCAGAAGGUAUGCACUGAAGAUUAGUCUGGCUUAUCAAAGUGCCAGAGCCCACCACAUCCAUCAGCACUGGAACAGGGGGAGUGAGCGCCAUAGGUCUGUGCUCUGCAACUGAAAAUUAAGAGGGAGCUUCCUCAGUGCUGGGAUGGAAAAAUUGCCAAGGGAGAUUAAAUGAGAGAGGAGGUUGUAAAACUGGGAUACACUAGCUUAUGUGUUUGAACAAUAUCCAAGCAGGUGAGAACCUGUACUUGUUUUUUGUUUGCAUGUGCAUUAAAUAAUUCUGGAGAACAAUACAAGGAGAAACCGAAA